CCUGCGACGCGGCGCGUGACGUCAUAUCCGCGACUAACUGUCGCUCAUCCGGGAGGCGGAGCAGGCGGAAGCCAAAAAUACACAUCCCCGGAGUUUCUAGGGCCGUGCUCAGGCCUCUAUAGGGGAAACUCCAGGCCUUGGCGGAUUCUUGCCGUGAACAGGAUUCAGGGAGGCGUCAGCAUAGUCCGGCGGAGAGCUGGUAGGCGGAAGACCACAGCGAAGCGACAGUUUUCCUUGUGCGGGCUCAAUCCAGGUCGCAAGCGCAAGGCGGGUGCUGCUUGCGGCGCCGAGUGAGCCGGAGUACCUCCCCGUCCCGGCCGAGGUCGAAGCAAGCGAAGGUUUGGCCCAGCCGCGAAGCUGCUUGGGCCUCUGUACGACGCGGUCGCGGAAGCGGAGGGUCGCGGUUGCGAGGGCUGAGUGGGGCCACGAGUGCAGAGCGCAUGCGUCAUGCGUCUAGCCCCCUUGACUCUUAAUGUAGGUGUAAUCAGCAUCAGAAAAGAUGCCAGCCCCAGCUGCCACAUACGAAAGAGUAGUUUACAAAAAUCCCUCUGAGCACCACUACAUGAAAGUCUGCCUAGAAUUUCAAGAUCAUGCAAUUGGAUUGAAUGCUGCACAGUUCAAGCAGCUCCUUCUUUCAGCCCUGAAGGACCUGUUUGGGGAGGUUGACGCUGCCUUACCCUUGGAUAUCAUAACUUACGAGGAGAAGACCUUGUCAGCCAUCCUGAGAAUAUGUAGCAGUGGUCUUGUCAAAUUGUGGAGCUCUUUGACCCUUUUAGGAUCCUAUAAAGGCAAGAAAUGUGCUUUCAAAGUGAUUCAGGUUUCUCCCUUUCUCCUUGCAUUAUCUGGUAAUAGUAGGGAACUAGUAUUGGAUUGAAUAGUUCUCAAUUUCAGAAACAUUCGUCUACUCUCAAAAGUACCUUUUGGUGCCAGUAUAAUGUUUGAACACUGAAGCAGGCCAAGAGCUCCUGUUGAUGGAAUUUUGAGGGUGCUGAAGAUGUUGCCAGUGAUCUCCAUCCAUCGUCUUUGUUGGGUUAGGCUUCAGAGAAGAAUCUGCCUGAACCAGCCAGUGGGAAGCAGGCAGCACUCUCAGCAUAUGCACAUCAGAGUUGGAGACCGGGCUGAACUCAGCAGGGCCUUCACACAGAGGGAUGUGGUUGCCUUCUCAGAAUUAACGGGGGAUGUCAAUCCUUUGCAUUUAAGUGAAGAUUUUGCAAAUGCACCAAGUUUGGAAAGACAAUUGUACAUGGAGUUUUGAUUAAUGGACUUAUCUCAGCUCUCCUGGGUACUAAAAUGCCAGGGCCAGGCUGUGUGUUUCUUUCCCAGGAAAUUAACUUUCCAGCCCCUUUAUACAUUGGAGAAGUUGUUUUAGCUUCAGCAGAAGUGAAAAGGCUGAAACAGUUCAUGGCUGUUAUUGCUGUGUCGUGUGUUGUAAAAGAAAGUGAAAAGACUGUUAUGGAAGGCUGGGUUAAAGUUAUGGUUCCAGAAGCUCCCAAAUCCUGAAAUAUGUGUUUAAAGAUGCAAGUUCAGGCAUCGAUGUUACUGUUUCUGAAGAGCCUCUGAGGAAGAUGGGUUGCUGUUCUUCGACAAGGAAUGGCCAGCAGAUCCAGCAUUGCAUAUAGGGGAGGGGAGCAGGCAGCAAGGUGUUCACAUGCCCACUUUGUAAUUUGGCCUUUUGAUUUCCACAAACUUAAGUGUAUUUAUCAUGUCUAGGUUAGUAAAAUUGAAAAAAUAUUGGGAAUGUUAUCAUUUAGCUAAAGGUUCUACUUUUAGGAUUUCAAAUCUACUUUUAGAUUUUCAUUUGGAUGACACAAACCUAAUAUAUCUCUAUAGAAUAAAUUUCUCACUGAAUUUAUAACUAGCUAGUAUUUUUAUUGAAGGUAACAAUAGAUGUUGGGUCGUCUUUGAACACCUAUCUUUUACCAAUAAAUAUUCUUGAAUACU